CGGCUCUCACCCGAAAGACCCGGGUUCAAGUCCCGGCAACGGAAAUUUUCCUUUUCUCGCCCUCGCUCCCAAUAAACGACGUCAUUUCGUCCCGUCAGACGGACCCAUUAACUGGCUAACCGUGCCGUUUUUUUCCCCGCCUCCAUUUCCCCCAAAUUCAAAACCCUCGUCUCAGGAAAUAUCCAAUCUUCUUCUUCUCCCAAUUUAGGGUUUUGGUGUUUGCUUCUGCGAUCAAUUACAAUCACCAGGGUUGGCGUUCCCUCUGCCCAAACUUGGUAACGUUCUUCAACCUCUUCCUCGCUCUACUUGCGUAUUGUCCCAUUCCCUUCAAAUUUGGCCGCUUUUGCUCGCUUUCUGUACCCCCCCAAUCGCCGUGUGAUCAUUUCCGUUUAGUUGCUCUUUCAGUUCGAGCUUGAUAUGCUAAUUUUCGAAGAAAGUCUGAGAUUCGAUUGCUUGUAUGUAGUUUUCUGAACCAAAUUUGUCGGGCUUGUUUCGUCCUUUAAUCAGGCGAAAAGCUUGAGCAGUCGCCAAUUCAAUGGUUAUACCUUCAGUUUUGCUGUUUGAUUAAACAUUGGAAUCAUUUUCUCCGACUGGGUUAAUAGUUGUAUAAAGUUUGAUCUUAUAGUGUCCCAACUUUGGCAUGCAAGGUGUUGGAGUAAUUGAGUGUUAUCCGAUUGUAAGCUUGUUGCAGGGGUUAAACAUUGAUGAGCAUUACGAUUCGUAUUUUUCGUUGUAAAAUUGAUAAUCCGUAGACAUCCUUCAAACUUUUACUCCUGGCCCAACUUCUAGGUGCCCCUUGCAGCCAUGUUCCAAGAAUAUCUGCAGUAUUUUAGUAUCAGUUGGACAAACAAACAAGCCAUCCAACAGUUUUUUUUUUUUCUUCUUAAUUUUGGUGUAGUUAACCCACAAGUAUUGACUCAAGGUUUGUCCGAGUGCCCGAUCCAAUCAAUACUCUGUGUUCCUAGUUUCCUUGAUAAAUUCUCUUCCUUCCUGGUCAAAUUGAGCAUAUAUAUUACCUUUUCAUUGCUUUCUGUUAAGAUUAUGCUCAUGUGUCUUACAGAAAUGGCUGUCAAUGAGGAUCCAGCAGAAGGUUCUAUACCUUCCAUUAGUCUCGAGUCUCUUGUAUCUACCCAGAACGGUGGUGCUUUUUCCACUGAAGACAUUGCUUGGGCUGAUUCAUGCCUGGUCAAAGACCCCGAUAUUUCAGCUGGUGACUGGAGCUCUAUCAACGAUGCAUUACUACAAGUGCUUAGUCUAGCACCCGAAUCACAGGGCUCCUUGUACGGAGCCAUGAACAAUAAUGGUUGUGUUGGGGGAACUGAUGAUUUCGAGAUGCUUCCUCCUGAUGACACUGUGGUAAUUGAGCAGCCUUCUCCAAGCAGUGAUGAUAAUUAUCGUGUGACAAUUGGUGAUGAACCAAACCUGAACAUCGACAAUAUGCUAUCAAAGGAGGAAAUGGACGUCUUGUGCUCCCUGCAGUUUCUGGGUCAAGAUCCCGAGACUUUCAAGGGCGAUUGGAAUUCUAUGAGGGAGUACGUGGAUCGAAUACUAUCAUUGCGACCUAACGAGAGUGGUAGCAUGAUGACACUUCGUGAUGUUGAGGAUGCACAACCUUCUGCCGAAGUAAAUCGAGAUUUCGAUGAAGAAACAAAAAUGAAGCCACAACAUGUUGACAGUGAUACAUCAGGAAGUUUCCAGUUGGGCACCUUGCUGUCGACUUACGAGCAUGAUAACCCUAAAGAAACUGAUCAGAGUGGUUUACUACCAGCUGAUACAGCCAGUUCAGCAGAAGAUGCCGGAGUUACAAGUAGUGAGAUCUUUAAGCUCUGGGAUUUGGGAAUUCCUUCCGAGGAAGAAGAGGAGAAUGACGAGUUAAAACUGAACAGGGCGCUUGCUGAUAGUUCAAUUCAGUCCAUUGCACCUGUAGUUGAUGAUUCAGAGGCAACGCGAGAUUUGAAAGAAGGCGCACUUGAUUAUUUGAUCGCUGGCAUUGGAGACCUAUCCAUACAUCGGCAUUCUGGCUAGCUUUUGUCAGUCUAAAAGACGCAUUCCUCACACGAGUUAGCAUAUAGCUUUCCACUCCCAUUCCUAGUUUAGUUCAGAGUUUGUUAGUAUAUAGCUCUCCACUGCCAUUUCUUGUUUAAGUUAGAGUUUGUUUGUUGUGCCGAAAACGAACAAUGUAGCUCGAGACUUGAGCAUGUAGAAUCCUUCCAACACGAUGAAUGAAAAAUUUAAGAACAGAGACACAGAAUGCUGCAUGCCUAUAUUCUAUGUUAGUUCCUGCAGGAGAUGGAAUGUAGAAGUGGAAGUGGAACCCACCAGUCUAGGUGUCAGAACACCGUCCGUCGAUCGCGCGACGGCCAUAGCCAGAAGCAAACUGAUCGUCAGUUCAUCAUUCACCACAAUCUGCAGAACUAAACCAGAACCAUUUGUUAACCAUGAAAAAGCAGAGACGAAACCAAAACCACAGAAGUAAAGAGGAAAAACAUCU